AUGCUCUCAACACUAGUUUCAUCCAUCCUCAACCCCUUAAUUCUUAUCGUGUUUGUCCUUCUAGCCGUUGCACUCCUCACGCUUGUCGAACGAAAAGUCCUCGGCUACAUACAAUUACGAAAGGGCCCAAACAUUGUAGGCCCCUACGGCCUCCUUCAACCAGUUGCAGACGGACUUAAACUCUUUAUAAAAGAACCCGUUCGACCCUCCACCUCCUCACCCAUCCUCUUUCUCUUUACCCCCAUACUAGCCCUCACCCUGGCCCUCACCCUUUGAACUCCAAUGCCUCUCCCCUUCCCAAUAGCAGAUCUCAACCUUGGCAUCCUCUUUAUCCUUGCCCUCUCCAGUCUGGCAGUUUAUUCUAUUCUAGGCUCAGGAUGGGCCUCCAAUUCAAAAUACGCCUUAAUCGGGGCCCUUCGAGCCGUAGCACAAACUAUUUCCUACGAAGUUAGCCUAGGGCUAAUCCUUCUUAAUGCUAUUAUUUUUACUGGGGGCUUCACCCUACAAACAUUCAGCAUCGCCCAAGAAAGUGUCUGAUUAAUCCUCCCCGCCUGGCCCCUAGCCGCUAUAUGGUACAUUUCCACACUUGCAGAAACAAACCGGGCCCCUUUUGACCUCACAGAAGGUGAAUCCGAACUCGUCUCCGGCUUUAACGUAGAGUACGCAGGAGGACCUUUCGCCCUUUUUUUCCUCGCUGAAUACGCCAACAUUCUCCUAAUAAAUACUCUCUCUGCAACUCUAUUCCUAGGCGCCUCUGUCUCUCACACCACCCCUGAAAUUACAACAACAAAUCUUAUAAUCAAAGCAGCUCUCCUAUCCGUCCUCUUCCUAUGAGUUCGUGCUUCCUACCCACGAUUUCGCUAUGACCAACUCAUGCACCUAAUUUGAAAAAACUUCCUACCACUAACCCUUGCCCUGGUAAUUUGACACCUCUCCCUUCCAAUUGCACUAACCGGCCUACCCCCGCAACUAUAG